AUGUCUCAAGUGUCUUGACACUCCAUUAUCCACUCCACUUCCUCGUCCCACUCUCAAAAAAAGCUGAAGAACACAAAGAUAUGUCUGAAGGAGGAAUUCCAAAGAGUGGAGUUUCGGCCAUGUCGGAGAAUCCUACUCCGCCACUUGUCUUCCAGGGCAGACGGAGGAGAAACAUAUUUUCUAUGGUUUCUGCGAUUUUAGCUUCCAUGGUUUCUAUUUUACUAGGCUAUGAUACUGGUGUGAUGAGCGGAGCCUCAAUUUUCAUCAAAGAUGAUCUAAAGAUAACCGACACCCAAAUCGAAAUUCUAGUAGGAAUCAUCAACAUCUGUUCCCUACUAGGCUCCGCCGUCGCCGGAAGAAUCUCCGACUGGAUCGGUCGUCGAUAUACCAUCGUCUUUGCUUCUGUCAUCUUCUUUGUCGGAGCUAUACUUAUGGGUCUUGCACCAAACUUCGCAUGGCUCAUGGUGGGUAGAAUAGUCGCCGGUGUCGGCGUCGGUUUCGCUCUCAUGAUCGCUCCGGUGUAUACUGCAGAGAUCUCUCCGGCGAUGUCUCGAGGCUUUUUAACAUCGUUCCCUGAAGUCUUUAUCAACACCGGAGUCCUACUUGGCUACAUCUCCAACAUCUCUUUCUCUCAGCUACCCGAGCAUCUCAGCUGGCGACUCAUGCUUGGAGCUGGUGGGAUACCUUCGGCGAUGUUAGCAUUCGGGAUACUCAUUAUGCCCGAGUCACCUCGUUGGCUUGUUAUGCAGGGUCGACUCGGUGAAGCUAGAAAGGUACUCAACAAGACAUGUGAUUCAAACGAGGAAGCCGAGUUAAGACUCGCCGACAUCAAAUCGGCAGUUGGAAUACCGGAAAAUUGCGUCGACGACGUCGUAAGUGUACCCAAACGUAGUCACGGCGAAGGGGUAUGGAAGGAGCUCCUAAUCCGACCGACACCUUCCGUUCGUCGUGUCUUAAUCGCAGCCGUCGGUAUACACCUGUUCCAGCAAGCGUCGGGCAUAGAUGCUGUGGUGUUGUACAGCCCACGGAUAUUUGAGAAGGCCGGGAUCAAGAAGAAAUCAUAUCGUCUGGGAGCAACGGUGGCUGUUGGAUUCAGUAAGACAAUUUUCAUCUUGGUGGCUACUUUUCUAUUGGACAGGAUCGGACGGCGGCCGCUGCUUCUUGGAAGCACUGGAGGUAUGAUCGUGUGUUUGAUUGGACUAGCAUCAGGAUUAACGGUGGUUGAUCACUCGGAGAAGAAGCUAAUGUGGGCCAUAGUUCUAUGUGUGGUUAUGACGUUGACUUUCGUAGCUUCGUUCUCGAUAGGGUUGGGGCCCAUUCCUUGGGUGUAUAGUUCGGAGAUAUUCCCAUUGAGACUGCGGGCCCAGGGUGUGAGUAUAGGAGUGGCAGUGAACCGGGUGAUGAGUGGGGUUAUUGGAAUGACUUUUUUGUCCCUGUACAAGGCCAUCACCAUCGAACGGACCUUUUUUAUGUUCGCGGGGAUAACCGGACUAGCGUGGACGUUCUUCUACACGUUCCUCCCGGAGACGCAGGGGAAAACCUUAGAAGAGAUGGAAGGAUUGUUUAGUACAAGUAGGUUUAAGUGGAAAUCAUCCAUGAAGAAGGAUAAUGACGACGUUGUAGAAAACCAAAAUGGUCGGGUCUAGUUGGGUUUACAUUCAAGUAAACCUAGGGAGGAAGGUGACUAUAGUGUAAUAUAGAAUCCGUUUGGUUGCGCAGGGCUGGGGGACAUUAAAAGAGGGGGAAAUGAAAAUUUCACACUUAAAAUAGUAAUUUUCAUAAUCAUUACCUCCAUUGUUGUAUCAGUAAUUAAUCCAAAUUAUUCUAUAUUUUGCAAUUAAAUUUCGUUGUACUUUACUCUUUCGUAGUUUAUAUAAGGGAAAAGGUUGGGUAUGCCGUCCGUCGAUAUCAAGUAUGUUAGCAUCCA